UCAUGUGACACUGAAAUCCCAAUCCUCUUCCAAUCCUUCCUUCCAACCCAACCCUCUUUUCUCUUCAAUCAGAUCUAACCAAAUUUCAAUUUUAAUGCACACUGCCAAUUCCUAAUUUCAGCCGUUAAGGUUUAUCUCUAUUAGCAAACACACGAGUCUUCGGUUUUUCUCAAAUUUAGAGCGUUGGGGCUGAACUUUGUGUGUGUAUAUAUAUAUAUACAUAUACUGGUUGAGAGAAUCUUGGCGGCAAGAGGUUUUUUUUGGGAGAAAGAACGAUGUGGAGUUCGAUAGAAAAUUUGAAGGAGAACCUGAAUAAGAUCGCACAGGAUGUGCAUGACGAUGAAGAUGAUGACGAGCUCGAGAUCUAUGGUGUCAAUGGAGGCGAGGCGUCGCCAGUCUUUGAUCGGAGAAAUUCACACAGUUUUGCGCAUUCCAAGUCAACUUCUCGCUCGCCGCUAGCGAACGGAAUCGAUUCCCCUACUGCAAGUCCUGAGAUUGACCAGUACAAAUCAGAAAUAAAGAGGCUUCAGGAAUCGGAAGCAGAAAUUAAAGCACUAUCAAUAAAUUACGCAGCUUUGUUAAAGGAGAAAGAGGAUCAAAUUUCCAGACUGAAUAAAGAAAAUGGAUCAUUGAAACAUAAUUUGGAAUCAACUGCUGCAGCUUUAAAUGUGUCUAGAAAUGAAAGUCAUAAGGUCUCAACAAAUGGAGCAAAUUUUUUGAAGGAGAAUUCACCCAAUCGACAGCAUAAAUUCACAAGUCAAGCGAAAAACAGACAUUCUGGAAAUCAAGUAAAUAAUGGUGUUGUCUCUAAACAGGAUGGAAUGAACAAUGGAAUUACAAAUGAGGAGUUUGCAGAUUUGCUAGAAGAGAAAAAUAGGUCGUCAGCUGCUGCAGUACAGGCCACUGCUGAGAUUAGACAAUUGCGAUUGGAACUUGAAAGGGAACGUGAUCAUCAUUCUGAUUUACAACUCAAAUUAGAAGAGGAAAAAAAACUGAAUGAAUCUUUCCGGGAGGAGCUCAAAUUGCUAAAAAUGGAAAAAGACAAGUCCUCACUCAAGUCAAACAAAGUACAAGAUGAGCUGAAUGAGAAAAUAUCCGUGGUAAAACGAUUGCAAAUGGAGCUGAAUAGAAGGGAAGCUGAAGGUGCUAAUGACAUCGUGGAGAACUUAAAAAGAUCUAUUGCAACUCUAGAAAAGGAAAAUGCUAGUCUUAAGAUGGAGAAGAAUGAACUUAAGGCCACUAGGGAAAUGAGCAGGACGCCAAUUGACGAAAAAUCACUGAAGGUAGAGUCAUCAGCAAGUUUUACUGGAAAGGAAGAAAUGGAGCUAUCUCUACAAAAACUGGAUGGAGAGAUAAAGGAAGCACAGCGCAAAAGGGACAAAGCCAUACAAGAGUUGACGCGUCUUAAACAGCAUUUGUUAGAAAAGGAAUCUGAGGAAUCUGAAAAAAUGGACGAGGACAGCAAAAUUAUUGAAGAACUACGAGAAACCAAUGAACGCCAAAGGGCACAUAUAUUAUACUUAGAGAAGACACUGAAGCAGGCAAUGGCAAAUCACGAGGAAGUCAAGGUGACCACCAACAAUGAAAUUCAGAAGUCAAAGGAACUUAUUGAUGACCUUAAUAAGAAACUUACAAACUGUAUGAGCACCAUAGAAGCGAAAAAUAUUGAACUUAUAAAUCUUCAAACUGCUCUUGGCCAGUAUUAUGCUGAAAUUGAAGCUAAGGAACAUCUAGAAGGAGAUUUGGCUCAUGCUAGAGAGGAAGUGGCGAAGCUCUCUGAACUGCUGAAAAAUGCAGAUAUUCAAGCUGAGGUGUCAAAGAGGGAAAAUGAUGAAAUUUUGUCUACGCUUUUGCAAGCUGAAAGGAACCUCACCGAUUGGAAGGGCAGAGUAAAUAAACUAGAGGAAGACAAUGCAAAAUUACGGCGAGCUCUUGAGCAGAGCAUGACCAGGCUUAAUAGGAUGUCAGUAGAUUCAGAUUUCCUUGUUGACAGACGCAUUGUGAUCAAAUUACUGGUUACUUAUUUCCAAAGAAACUACAGCAAGGAGGUUUUGGAUCUUAUGGUUCGAAUGCUGGGUUUCACUGAUGAAGAUAAACAGCGAAUAGGUGUUGCUCAACAAGGUGGAGGACAAGGUGUAGUACGAGGAGUUUUGGGUCUACCUGGCCGCCUGGUUGGUGGCAUCUUGGGGGGAGGUUCUGGCCAAGUACCUGCUAAUGCAGCAACUGAUAACCAGUCUUUUGCAGAUCUGUGGGUUGAUUUUCUUCUCAAGGAAAGUGAAGAAAGAGAGAGAAGGGAGGCCAUGGAUGCUGCGGCUUCUUCCGGACAGGACAAGGAAGAGUUACAUAGAAGUACAAACAUGGCAGAAAAUAUGUCUCCACCCAAGCCUGACAAUAGAACAAACUCCUUUUCUACUGCAUCUGGUUUUUCGAGGACAAGUUUAUUCCCAAGCCAAAACAACACAAGCCCUUUUCCCUACCGAGGUAAUAGUGGGAACUCUGAACAUUCUGAUUCCGAGUUCUCAACAGUUCCUCUCUCGUCAUCAGAGAGCAAUUUCCAAAGCAAUAGACUGCUCAACAGAUAUUGAAUAUGAAAAUAUUUCCGCAUUUUGUAAUUAAUCAGAGGUAUAGAUUAAAUAUUUGUUGACAUUAUAGCCCGUAAUCUUUGUUCAUUCAAUUCUUUCUUCAUACGAAUGAGUUUCAUCAGAGUUGCCUGGUAUUUUUUGUUUGAGUGGCCUGAUAUUUCUUUCCCGUUUAAAUUGGGGGAAAAAGCUUAUCUGGAUUCUGAACUGCUCAAGAGAUCAUAUACACCAACAUAAAUAUAUUCUUAGACCUUAAGUGGUGUGCUGCUUCAUUCUAUUUAUGUAUUUAUUACCGAAGAGGACAAGUUUCGAGUAAUUAUUUUGCCUCGUAAAUUUUAAUUUCAAGGCUCCUUUUCAUUUCA